CGCGCAGUUGUUGGGAUUUGUUCUCGUACCGCGCCUAGAUCGAACACCGGGUCCUCACGUAACUGACAAGCGACGAUAUCGCGCGUCGACAUUCGCGAGGAUCUACAUCUCGCGAUCUUGCUGAGUAAAGAAACGAGAAAUAUCGGUGCAUUCCUUUUCUUCUUGGAACAAUCGAUAUUCGGUAUACAACAAGAUAUGCUUGUUGACUUGAAGAAGUGACAUUUACGCAAUCUCUCGAUUUGGGACACGCCGUCUAGGAUGUAUCGCGGAGACAUAAUCUUUUACAAAAUUCUGACAUAGUCCCAGGAUCAGUCCUCUUGAUGAAAAAUUGCACCGGGGAUCCCUCGGGUCAACGUGAGAAGUGUUUUAACGCUUGUCCUUACUGGACUCCCGAGGGACGGAACGAGUGUCGUCUCGAGGUAAUUGGCAGUGACUGGAGAGACUCGACUGUCGGUGAACCGAUAGAAUGCGAAUGCGGAUCUUAUACUCGUGACAUCGAAUUUGUUAAUCGGAUAUCGGUGAUGCAGCUACAUGCUGGAAGGAGGAAGGGGAUGACUGUUAAUUUUCUACCGAGGAUGGUGGCGGUCUUUGUUUUCGCUUGCCUUCUACUGCAGAAUGGUCGGUCGACAUUCGCAGCGUUUACUACUGUUACCACCAUCCCUGAUCCUGAAUUUGUCGACGAAAUAGGAAACAUCACAGUACCAGCAGGACGGAAUGUCAAACUGGCUUGCAGUGUGAAAGAUCUUGGAUCAUUCAAGGUGGCCUGGAUGCUUUUCGACAAGAGCGCUAUUCUGACGGUACAGAAUCACGUUAUUACCAGGAACCCCAGAAUAUCCGUGUCGCACGAUAAGCACAGGACCUGGUUCCUACAUAUCAACGACGUGCACGAGGAGGACAAGGGAAAGUACAUGUGCCAGAUUAACACUGCUGCCGCCAAAACGCAAUAUGGCUAUCUACACGUCGUAGUGCCACCAAAUAUUGACGAUUCGCAGAGCUCGUCGGAUGCAAUCGUUCGCGAGGGCGCCAACGUGAGUCUCACCUGCAAAGCGACCGGAAGUCCAACGCCUAGUAUUCGUUGGAAACGAGACGAUGGUACCAAAAUCUCGAUCAACAAAACUUUAGCUGUGGCAGAAUGGGAGGGUGAAACGCUGGAAAUGGCGCGGAUUUCGAGAUUGGAUAUGGGCGCAUAUUUGUGCAUCGCCAGCAACGGUAUACCACCGACAGUUAGCAAACAGAUCAAAGUAUCGGUCGAUUUCCCCCCUAUGCUCUGGAUACCGCACCAAUUGGUCGGCGCGCCCCUGGGUUACUCCGUUAUUCUGGAAUGUUAUACCGAGGCUCAUCCGACUUCUUUGAAUUACUGGGCGAGGGAGGACGGCCUAAUGAUUCACGAAAGCAGUAAAUACAAGACUGUGUCGUUACCCGAUAAGCCAUCUUACAAGACGCAUAUGAUGCUCACGAUAAACGAUAUACAGAGAGAAGACUACGGUAGCUACAAGUGCAUCGCCAAGAAUCCACGUGGAGAAACCGACGGGACGAUUCGUCUGUACAUGUCUGCACCACCAAGUACCAGUCCUAGCCCGUCUACUACGGAGGUCCCCAAGAAAGAUUGGGAAUUCAUGGCGGAGAUGAAUAACUCUGUUUACGGAAAUCCAAGUUCGCUGACAAUUCAAAAUGAGAAGAAUAUCAAGACAGGUACCAAGUUCCAAUCGAAUCUGAAUGAAAUUGGAAAAUCAGAGCAGAAGUCGUCCGAACUGGAUAGAAAAAGAAAUUACAACUGGCCUCCUGAUAAGGAUUCAGCAACGGGCGUGAUGACGACCGUGACGCUUCUACUAAUUGCUCUGGUCGUAACGAUAAUUCGAUAAGCAAGAUCCGAAAAGAAAAAGAAAGCGAACGACGACCUCGUCGUUGAUAUCGGCGGUGGUCUCCCUAAUUAACGGACUCAAUUAAAGAGAAAAUAAAAGGAAGAAAAAUUAGAAUUCAAACGACACGAAAGACAGACGCUCGUACAUAAUACACGUGCAUACGCACACCCAACACACACACACACACACACACACACACACACACACACACACACACCACACACACACACACACGCGCGCGCGCGCGCGCAAUUACAAAAGAUAACACAAAGACUGACUGGAGUAGAUAGCGUCCGUAUUAAAUGGCGGAGAAUAAUUUACGCGUGCCAAGUUAGUGUAGCAACGACAGUCCAUGAAUGGCCAAGAAUUUAAGGGACAUAAAUCCUCAUCAAUCUUUUCUUCAUCGAUUGUGCGUUGUGUGGCUCGGAGAUAAGAGAUGAGACACACACCGAGAGGUGGAACAACGAGAACGAGAGGAAAGGGUAUUAACAAAGUGCAACGACUAUCGCUUUCAGUGUAAUAUAUUGUAUAACGCCGUAACAAAUACCAGUGUAUGACGCCAAACCAACAAAUACCAGUGAUUUCGUCUUCGCGAGAGAGUGCAACUCGGAACGUGUGUGAGAGAGUGAGUCGUUACGUUUUUUAAACUACACUAUAUGGGAGUAUUUCAGUCGCGCAACUAAAUGACAUUUCUGGAAUAUCAAAACGAAAUCGUUCGAGCUUAAUACUGAAUUAAAGUUUCACCGAGCCAACUAGUUUUCCAACAUUUUUGAACUUAUAUCCCCCUCCCGAAAUAGUUUUCUUCUCUCGUUUGUACGAUCGAUGCGUGAGGGUUCUCAAUUUUGUCAAUAACAUAGAAAUGCUUCCGUUCGAAGAUUCGUCACGAUGAUAUGUGUCCCGAGGAGAUUCAUGGGUGUUAGUCACGUUUCGAACAAAGUUAAUUCUCUAUCAAUAUCAGGUUCUAUUUAUAUACGUAGUCACGGUUUGUGUGUGUGUGCGCGCGCGUGUGUGCGUGCGUGCGUGCGUGCGUGCGUGCGUGCGUGUGUGUGUGACUGUAUGUAUCCCUUAAGCAUCGGCUAUUUCUUUUUUUUUUCCAAAUUAUAUACUCGUAAAAUGUAUAAAAUGCGUGUAUAUAUUAUUAUCUCCAGCAUCGAUUCUACUUUUUUUUAUUUCGCGGUAAACUUUCUCGUUCUGCCAAGUACUUUUAAAUUCUCCAAUUCUUUCCACCUCUUAUCCUUACCUCCUUACGAAAUCAUGGAGCCCAUCUGGAUACUUGAGAUUAAAACGUCAGAUUCGGUACGGGAGAGUUGUUCUCAUCUAGAGAGUCGAAGAAAGUACGAACAGUGGGGGAGAGGGAAAGGAAGAAGAAGAAAAUGGAAAAU